CGGAUUCUACGGCAGCCGCUGAAGGACAAUCUUUCUGCAGGGAGCGCUUCCGCUCAGCUGUAGCCGGGAAGUAACCACGUGUGUGAUGUUGCACUGAGGGCAGUUCUCAUCAGGACUGGCACAAGCCUCUCACAAUGACAGAAGUGCGGGACCAGCUGGACUCCGUGCUCAGCUCCUUGUAUGACUUUGGUGAUGAAUUUGUGACUCAUGAGGAAAGCAUCCCCAAGCAUGGACAAUUGAAUGAACUUUCAGAAAAGAACGAGGAUGAAAAACUAAAUGGUGGAGUAAAAGAUCAGAGACCGGUGGGGUGGUCUAAACGGGGGAAGAAAAACGUGUCCAUGUUUUUUGAUUCCAUUAAGGAUGAACUGGGUAGUCAGGACAAGAGCUCAACUAUGUCUAGUACUUCAAGGCCUUCUACUGUGGAAGUUGUGACCUUCAUCAGUCGCAAAGGCAAGACGCAAAGCAAAGAUGUGCGAGAUGGGAAUACAGAGAAAAACAUUGAGCCAGAGGAAGGCCACAGUCAGGAAUUAAACUUUGAAAAGGUCCGGUUGGAGGUGCACAAGUUUGGGAUAACAGGUUACAAGAAAGAAAAACAAAGACAGUUUGAACAAGAGCGUGCUAUAAUGCUAGGGGCAAAGCCUCCCAAAAGAGAAUAUGUGAAUUAUAAGAUCUUACAAGAACAAGUAAAGCAAAAGGAGCAAGAGCAGAAAGAAAAAAACUUUACGGAAAGUGGACUGGAACCAGUAAAGAAAAAACUAAAGCAAGGAAAGAAUGACAGGAGGUCCAGAAGAACAAAAGGUUUAAGAACAGCACCUUCUGGACAAGUUGGGAGGUUUAGAAAUGGAGCAUUGAUUCUAAGUGGCAAAGAUAUUGAGAAGAUAAAAAAGUCCAGAGUUAUUAAAUGAAAAGUCACUCAGGACUGAAUGCUAGUGUACAUCUUUGUAUUUUGCUGGUGUGAUAUUAUGGAUUUCUCUUUCACAACCAAAGAACUUUCAGAGCUAAUAAAUGAUGUUUGGAUUUACACUGCAUACAUUUUGCUUACACUAUAAUUUGGCUCUGUAGCACCAGCUAUCAAACUGCAAUCAAGCGAAUAAACUUGAAGUGAUUAUCUUUCCUCUAGCUCAAGUGGCAUCUUAUCAUGAGAUAUUGUAGAUUUUGAGCUACUUUGAACUGUUCAAAUAAUUUGUAUUUUAUUGUCUCCCCAAAGCAUUUGUAACUAUUAGUAAUUGGUUUGUUUAAUUAAAAUAGUUUUUGUAUUAUAUGCCUAUUAUCUCCAUGUUUUGUUUAUGGCAUUCUCUUUCAUUGUACUUUUUACAAGCAUCUUUCUACCAAUGUGAUGUAAUUUCUCCAUCACUUAACCGGAAAAGUGGAUCUACAGUUGUGUUCAAAAU